GGCUCUGGGCCCAGGGCAGGCAGGAGAAGACCCCGGGUUGCUGGGGGUCCCAUGAAGGACCCUGAACACACACCCAGACAUGGCUCCGUGCCUCAGUUUCCCCAUCUGCAAUGGCAUGGACAUCAAGGUGUCCGCACAAACUUCUGUAAGCAGCCCUUCCAGCCACAGUUUCCCUGCUUUGCUCCUUCUGAGCUGCAACUGCUGUUCCCAUGCAGGAGCUUUCUCAAGAGAGUUUGACCCACAAAUUCAUUACAGACACAGUUCUGAGACACAAGUCCAGGGCAUUCCCAAACAUCCUCUGAAAAGAGCAGCAACAGUUCUACCCAGGGCACAGAUGAAUCCUAAAGGAAAGGACCAGCUUGUCAGCAGUGCACCAGCUGGCACAGCCAAGAGCAAGAGCUUCAACAACCAAACUUGGCUGUCCUGAAUCUAGCACAGCACCUCACCUGCCCUUGAACUCAGCAGACUGUAGAAGUCCAUCCGAAAAUCCUUCAUUUUUUGCCUCACAAUUGUCAUGAGAAAAGACUACCGAAGGGUUAAAGCUGCUGAGCCGGUUGGGAAAGAAAGUCUCCUGCUUAUCUAGUGUGUUCACAAGUGAUGUUUGCAGAACACGCCAUGCUGUACUCGGAGGGGGCAUGCUGUCCUUUUCUGGACAAUUGAACUGGACUUUCUUCCAAACUCCUGACCUGGCUAGACUGAGCUCUGGGGUGGUUCCCCUCCGCUCCAUGAGAAGACCCCUCUUGCCUGUCUUCAACCACCAUGACGGACCAACAGAGAUGCGAAUCCCCUCAUCAAGGAACCAAGAACCCCUCUGGCACCCUAUUGACACCCCCAUGGCACCCCCAUGGCACCCCCCCUGGCAACCUCCUUCCAGAGACUGGGACUGUACUCCCUCCCAACUCAGGGAGGGGGAAAAACCCUAACGUACCUGUGAGCAUUCGGCCAUGAAAACAAUGGACUUCUCCCCUCCAUGGAAACCUAAUUUCAGUUACCUUCCCCCAACCAAGAACAGUAUAUAUAUUUGGGUUCGGCCCGACUGUCCUUUGAGAUCUCCCCAAGACGUGUACCAGCGAGUUUCGGCGGCGGGACCCUGAAGACAUCACGUUUUGGUAGCUAUACCCCAUUCCCUGACCUUCUUUCCUCCCCUUUUCCUUGUCUUACCCUUCUCUUCCCCGGAUCCCUUAACCAAAUGCAUAUUUAGCUGUGGUUAUAAUCAAUAAAACUGCACCUUGUUGAUUUGUUACUGCAAAACCCCUGUGCCUCUUGUUGGUUAUUUUUGCACCCAAAAAUCAUUCGUCACCCAUUUAUUUCGGGCGGACCUUCACAUAAUUGGCGUCACGGACAAGGAUUCCAGCAGCCAGUGAGAUUUUUCAGGUUUUGUGUAGUUUUUAACCUCUCACAGACUACACACGCCAAAGCCAAAUCUCACGCUCGAUUGAGCACAGAGGCUCCAGAAUUGACACAAAAGAUUUUUCGGUGCAAAAGCAGGGGAAAUUGUUACUGUCAUUUCUGAUACUGAUUUUACCGGCACGGACACUGACACUGAUACUUCUCCUGAUCAUGAUAUUGAUGCUGUUACUGAUAUUGAUACUGAUAUUGAUACUGUUGUUGUUGUUGUUGUUGUAUUUGAAUUUAAUCUGAACCUGUUACUUUUGUUUUUGAGCUGAAUUUGAACCUGUUACUGUUUUUUUUUACUGCUUUAUUUUGUGUACCUGGACUGUCUAAAAGGGAAGGGGCAGACUUGAAGUAAUUAAGCAGUGCCUUUUAGACAGAUAUUGUCCCUUCACCUACACAGGGAGCGAGGGGCGGCCCAGCGAAGGCUGAGUGGCUUUUCCCUGUUCUAGGUUUCUGGUCCCCUCACAGAGAAAACAUUUGUGUGUGUGUGAGUGUGUGCGUCUAGACUGUCUGGAAAGGAAGGGACAAACUGAAGCAAUUAAAAUAGUGCCCUCCAGACAGAUUUGGUUUCUUCAGCUAUCUAGGGAGACAGAGUGGAACAGAACUCUGUAGGAUUGUGUAACUUGAGUUCACAAAUCAGCUCCCUGGUAUAGUCCUAGUCCAUUCACACAAAAUGAGUGAAAAUCUCAAUCCUAAAGCAAAAGCUGACUUUUACACGUUGCUUGCUAAAUACCAUGCCAAACGGUCAUCUGGAGGAGAAACUUGGGCAGAGAACAAUUGGUUUAAUUUGGAAAAUGUCAUUGAUAGAAUAUGUUCUCUGCAUAUGAAUCAAAAUUUAAAAUGGGUAAAAAUAAAAACAUUCUUUGCUCAGUUCUUGGAGCAUGUCUUACUGCAGCCAUAGAAAACCGCUGUAAACGGAGAACUGAGGAAAUGGUAAUUAUAGAUUCCCUUCAAAAUUUGGUUGAAAUUUUGCAAAAACAGUUAAAUGAGGACAGAAAUGAAAUUUACAUGCUGCAAGCUGCUCUUAGGGAAGAACACACCAAAGCCAUACACAAAAUCAACUCCUCUACAGAGGAGGAAGAAAAAGUAACACCUUACAUUAAAAAGAUUUAUCCUUACAAAGAACUCGAGGCAGUAAAACAAAAAGAAUCUGAAACAGCUAAAAAUUGUGGGGAAAAAUUGUUGUCCUCAUUUGAGACCUUUUAUUAAAACUGAAUAUAAUUACAUUAAUGAUGAAGACAUGGAUCCCCACAUAACAACCAAACAAACACCAUUCAGUGCUACCGAAUUAGCUAAAUUGAAAAAGGAAUUCGGUCGCCUUCCCCACGAAUCAGAAAUGGAAUAUGUGUUCCAUGUGUCCCUCACUGGCGGAGACCAGAUUAAGUUAACUGAACAAGAAGCCAGUGGUUACUGGGGACACGGUGUUUUCCUAACAACAGGAGAUAAGCGUGACUCCUGGUCUCUAACACAACGUGCAGCCUAUUGGGCCGGGGGAAUAAAUCCCCUGGAAAGGGGUGAUCCCUUAGCAAUUGCCGCUACCCCUGACCAAAUCCUAGAAAGUGUACAAAAAGCUGCAUGUUUGCAAAUGAUUCAUGAGAAAAAAUUAAUUCCUGGUUUUGAAUCCCCAAUGCAAUUGCCUGUGAAGCCUGAAAUUAUGACCCCUUUAAUUCGUGGGCUUCCAGAAACAUUGAAAUCAACCGCAAUCACUAUUCAGAAAACAGUUAUGGCUCUAAGCCCAACAGAUAGAUUAGAAAGACUUCUUAACAACUCCACUGAUCAGUCUGAGUCCACUGACACUGCACCUUCACCCUACACACCAACACAGACUCACACAACACCAUCUGAUACAUCUAACAGUAACCGCAAGACUUGGACAUGGAGUGAGGUAGCAGUUGAUUUAAUAAACUAUUGUAGACAGUAUAGGCCUGUAAAAACCCUGGAAGAAAAAUCUGAAAAAACAAAAGAUGUCCAGUUUAUGGGAACCCCUAACACUGAAAACAUAGAACCAAGAAAACAGAUUUCCAACAGACAACGCUGGUGGAUGCUGGGAAUAAAGAAAGGGGUUCCCCGGGACAUAAUGGAUGGUUUACCACUUGAAAAAUUGCAGAAAAUCAUAACUAACUGGAAUUUUAUGAGAUCAAAUACCCAGCCCAGUGCACCGAUCCCCCUCCCUCACCAGAAAUUAACAAACACUCCUACUAAUACACAGUUCAGUACACAAAAUACAUCACAGUCUUUCACACAGAACACAGGCAAUGAGCCAAAGUUAACCCUGCCUCGGAAUCUGGGCAGUGAGGCUGCAUCUCAGCCUCUCCCUCAGAACACAGCCAGUGAACCAAAAUUAACUCUUUCUCAGCUUCUUUCACAGAACUUGGACAGUGAAACCCUGGCUGCGUGUCUCCUGAAAAGCACCAGCAGUAAGCCAGAAGUAACUCUUUCGCAACUUCUUUCACAGAAUCUAAGCAACAUAACUGCCCACCCGCCCAUACCCCAAAACACAAACAGUGAAUCUUCACCAACAGAGCUUUCAGGAAACUAAUAUCUCCACCACUUACAGUGGCAGGAUUUUUUGUUGUUCUUGCUUUUACAGGUGAACCCCGAGGGACAUGAGAAUCAUCUGAAAACAUGAUAACCUUGCUACUCCUUUUCUGUAUUUUACCGCAAUUUCAUGGACAACCCCCUGGUGAGCAGCUGUGGCUUGAAGCCAUUGUUCAGCACACCAGUGCCCUCGGAACCUAUCCUAAGGGCCGUUACCCGAGUCUGGCAACCCUAGUGCAUCAUGACUCCAAGGUGUACCGCCCGAAUGAGUGGAGGUGGGACCAGAAUGAGUUGAUGAGAACCCUGAUGGGAAUGGUUGGUGAGUCAAUUCUGGUAACAUGCCGAAAAGUGGAAGGAACCCUCCAUGAAAAGGUCACCUCCAUCAUAAUUGCUGGAAAUUUUAUGGAAGCAGGCGGAAAGAAUUAUCUGAACAUCCCCUCAGCAAGAUUGUGUCCCACAAAGAAAUGCGGGUGUUCCAAAAUAGAAAGUCCCCUUACUCUGUGUUGUCGCCAGGAACAUGUUGGUAGUUAUGUUUCUAGUACCAAAACCACCAAUGUUGCAAUUACAAAAGAUUGUAAAGAUGAAUCAUUUGAUUGCUGGUACAGUUUUACUUUGGCCAAACCCACUUACGUGACAUGUCGCUGGGAGAAUGACACAGCUAGUCCAUUAGGACUAAGAGGCUUGGUUUACACAUUUAAGAUAAAUACUGUACCAAAACCCACACCGAGUGCUGUAAUUACACUCUCUCAGACCCUAAGUGAGAGCCUUUUUUCUAACUUCACAUCCCGAAUGGCAGGAGCAGCAGGGAACUCCUUCGAGUGGCCCUGGUCUCAUGCCUUCCUGCAAACCACCGGAUCUAUGGGAGAUGUCACGGGUCUGAACUUGCUAACAGUAGUUACACAUGAGGAUAUGUUGUACACCAGACAAAAUGGGAAAGACACAAAACCUGGCAGAUUCAAGGAACAGUGGGUGAGAAAAUUAGUGUUGGGUGCCGAAUGGUUAAUGGGUCUAAUUACAGCAAAGCGAGGUCAAUCAGUGUUUCCACAGAUCGGGAAAACGAACAGCAGCAAAUCUGCACGCACCCAAGCGUACGGGAUUGCUGGUACAGUUUCACAUUAACCGGCACUACAGAGGUAAUUUGUCUCUGGGCCAAGGAUACUCAAGGCCUUUCUUUUAAAUUUGUAAUUAAUGUUGAAACCACUGCUCCCACUGUCGCCACUGUUACCACUUCACCCAUACCACCAGUCACACUCAUCCCGAUAAUUUUCGAGAUUGGACCUUAUGUGAUCAGGAAAACUGGCCAACAACAAAUAUUGUUCAAUCCGGCAUGGUCUCUCAAACAGGUAAAAUUGCUAAUGCAGAACAAUGUUUCAGACAUUGAACCAGCCUGUUCUCCGUUCCUGCAAACCUCUUUUGAAGGCUGGACCACUUGGCUUGGGAAACGAAGCUCCUUUAAGAGGACACCAAGGGAUAUGACCGGUGUUGUGGGUACAGGAUUGGGAAUUCUGAAUAGCAUUGACUCUGAAGUACUAAUGAACAAAUUGGCUGCUACAACUAGAGACCUGACCGGAUUGCAGCAACCACUGAGGUCAUCUCUGUCAGCCUUAGGGACACACCAGUGGCUGCUGUCAAACAUUUUGCCAAAUUGGGAAAGAGUGAAUGUGAAUGAUCACAAAUUGGUAAUUGAUGCACUUAGUGCUACACAGAACAAUGUUUCCUUAGCCCUCAGCUGUAUCCAGGCACAAUUGUGGAUGCAAUCUGUCUCUGCUGCAAUUAUAAGAGAGGGCGAGGAAGGCACCUUCCCCACAGAAAUUCGGAAAAUAAUCUGGGACAGUGCCACUGAAUUUGAAAGAGAAUUCCAAUCCUGGUGGAACCUGGUGAACUUUACCUAUGAUCCCAUUUCAAACACAGCCACUGCUUUUGUUCUAACCAUACGCAAUGCCUCUGUACAUUUGGUCUUCCCUGCUAUUGCAUUAGGAUUAAAUCAUGACGGAGAUGUUCUCUAUCCUACUGAACAUAGGGGAUGGGCCCAUCAGGUCGAUGACAAAUGGCAAACUGUUAACCUGGAAACUUGUAUUGUCCGAGACAAGCAAGGGUUUAUCUGUGAAAGCAAUGCAAUUGUAGCUCAGGAUAUGUUUGGACACAGAGCAGAACAUCUGUCAUUUCGAGAUUCGUCCACAUGAGGAUACCCAGACAGUUCUUAUAUACAUAGGCAAUGGCUGUGCAUGCUUUAGAAGGACAUGUGAUUCUGUCUUUGUAGAAGAUGUUGUGGUAGAUGCAAAGAAUCAUUCAAACUUUUGUGCUUGUAACUUUACUAAGAUAGUAGGACGCGAUUUCUCUUAUGAAGCUCCAGUUACUUCUCACCACCUACUGCAAUCCAACUACACGCUGAUCCAGAAGCUGAUGCCCACUCCUAUCGGAAUGAAUCUCACCCUCGUGAGACAACUAUUGCUCCAUCAAGACCUGAUUGACAUCCUCGAGAAAAUCAAGGAGAGCGGACAGAAGACCCUGGUGACUGUUCAUCACAACGUGAGACAAAUACACUGGGUUAUGGAGAGGGUAAAACAGGAUGCUGAGCAUAGGUGGUGGGAUACUUGCUUUGGGUGGUCACCUACUGCCACAGGUAUUCUGAACAGUGUGUGCCAUCCAAUUGUUGUUCUUUUGACCCUAGUUACGCUUGGCUUUAUCUUGUCAGCAGCCCUAUUCAUUUUGAAUUGGAGAAUGAUGAAAAAGCUUAAGAAACUGUCAGCUGUAGUCAAUGCACACCGCUUAGCUGAUGUACUCUAUACAAUAGAUGUCCCCAAAACACUUGAUACGAAACGGUUACGAAUCAAGCACAUGUGCUUUAGAACAACUUCUUAAAUAUCAAGUAUGACUUACAGAAAGUUACUUUAAUUCUUAGAAAAUAAUUUUAAAAGACGAUGAUUAUAUUAUGAUUUGUUUGUUAUUUUGAUUAUUUGUGAUUUGUUUUAAUGAUUUUAAAAUUGUUAAACAAAUGAUAUUGCUUUAACUGAUUAAUAUUUUUUGAAAUUGUUAAAAUUAAUCAUAAUUUUUUGAAAUUGUUGUAACAAAUAACCACAUGUGAAGUGUUAUGAUGAUCAAUAAUAAUUAUGUUUAUGUUUGUUGGUUCCCUUUUUCCCUCUUUCUUUUCCUUCUCUUCCCCUUUUACCCCCUCUCCCCUGUCAUCCCUACUUUUCCGGGGUUAUGCUACCGACGUGCAACGAGUUUCGAAGACACUCUAGAGCUCAGCUGAUGAAGAUUCCUCAAGACAAUCGUGAGUCACGGGGUCGUGUAGAAGUCCAUCCGAAAAUCCUUCAUUUUUUGCCUCACAAUUGUCAUGAGAAAAGACUACCGAAGGGUUAAAGCUGCUGAGCCGGUUGGGAAAGAAAGUCUCCUGCUUAUCUAGUGUGUUCACAAGUGAUUGCAGAACACACCAUGCUGUACUCGGAGGGGGCAUGCUGUCCUUUUCUGGACAAUUGAACUGGACUUUCUUCCAAACUCCUGACCUGGCUAGACUGAGCUCUGGGGUGGUUCCCCUCCGCUCCAUGAGAAGACCCCUCUUGCCUGUCUUCAACCACCGUGACAGACCAACAGAGAUGCGAAUCCCCUCAUCAAGGAACCAAGAACCCCUCUGGCACCCUAUUGACACCCCCAUGGCACCCCCAUGGCACCCCCCUGGACUGUACUCCCUCCCAACUCAGGGAGGGGGAAAAACCCUAACGUACCUGUGAGCAUUCGGCCAUGAAAAUAAUGGACUUCUCCCCUCCAUGGAAACCUAAUUUCAGUUACCUUCCCCCAACCAAGAACAGUAUAUAUAUUGGGGUUCGGCCCGACUGUCCUUUGAGAUCUCCCCAAGACGUGUACCAGUGAGUUUCGGCGGCGGGACCCUGAAGACAUCACGUUUUGGUAGCUAUACCCCAUUCCCUGACCUUCUUUCCUCCCCUUUUCCUUGUCUUACCCUUCUCUUCCCCGGAUCCCUUAACCAAAUGCAUAUUUAGCUGUGGUUAUAAUCAAUAAAACUGCACCUUGUUGAUUUGUUACUGCAAAA